ACGUACACUAUUUUCGAUAGCAAAAAUUGUAGUAUUCUUAAAGCAUUAAAAAAUUAAUUGCUACACAUAUGUGCAAAACGUACUAGGCAUUGGCCACAAAUCGAGAUUGCAAACGCACGUCCGCCAUCUGUUUACGAAUACACAUUUUUGUCCUAUACUUAAUUAAAUUUUAAGGCCAAUAUUGAAAUUUGUGCACAGAACGACAAGUGCAAGUGAAGAGAAGAAAAUGAGCACGUCAAAUGCAAGCCGUAAGGAGACGGAACGCACCAAGCUGAUGCAGGAUAAAUGUCAAACGCUGUUGACGCAAAUGCUCCGUGAUGACGAUAAUAAAUAUUGUGUCGACUGCGAUGCCAAGGGUCCACGCUGGGCAUCAUGGAAUCUGGGCGUAUUCCUAUGCAUCCGCUGUGCGGGAAUCCAUCGCAAUUUGGGUGUGCAUAUCUCACGCGUGAAGAGUGUUAAUCUGGAUGCCUGGACACCCGAACAGGUGAUCUCGCUACAACAAAUGGGAAAUUCGAGAGCUCGCGCCGUUUACGAGGCCCAGUUGCCGGAUGGAUUUAGACGCCCCCAAACAGACACGGCUUUGGAGAACUUUAUACGCGCCAAGUACGAACAUAAAAAGUAUUUGGCACGCGAAUGGGUGCCGCCGUCGCCACCCAAGGUAGACUGGGCCAAGGAGAUUGAUGAGGAAUUGGAGCGACAGAAGCGCAAAAAGAAGGCGGCUCAGCCCAGUUUGGGUAUCAGCAACAUAAGCGGUUCCAGCGGGGUCGGCAGCACUACUGACAAGCGUCCGACGACGACAGCGGUAAAAAGUACGCCACUUCCAGCGCCGCUGCCCAAGCCGAAACCCAAUCAGGUGGGUGGUUGCAGUCCAAAGACAUCGCAUCGUGUGCAGUCGAAUAAUAGCAGCAGCAUCAGUGGCGGUGAAAGUGAUCUCUUGGGCCUGUCGUCGCCCACAAAGCCCAUAACUGCCCAUAACAGUAGCAGCCAGGAUCUUCAGAAUGAUAGCUUUAGCAGCUUCCUAAGCGCCACUUGCAAUGUGAGUGCCAUUACCACGCCCGAGAAGACCAAUGGCAAUGGCAAUGGAAACAAUGCGGAUGCUGCCUCACUCGCCAUGUCCAGUCAGCCAAACUCAUUAGCCCAGCAGGAGCAGGACUUCUUCAGCCAAGGUACACUGGGGCCAGGCGGUGGCAGUAGUGAGAAGGAUGCAUCCGGAAAACUGUCCAAAGAUAGCAUAUUGGCAUUAUAUGGCAAUGCACCCACCACACACAAUCCACAAUUGAACUUCGGCAAUUUCACGGGCAUGGCACCCGGCGGCUAUAUGCACCAUCAGCAACAGCAGGUAACACAGCAGACGCAUCAUCAUCAUCAGUUCAUGACACCACCCAACUCGGUGAGCAUGUACAAUGCACCUGUUAUGGCUGCGCCGAAUGCAUUUAGCAAUGCUCCAACUGGCGGCGCUAUGAAUUUGGUGGGCGUGGGCAACGUCAGCUUUGGCAGCGCUCAGUUUCCAAGUGCUGGCGGUGGAGGCACCGGUGGUAGUCCGUAUAUGGCAACCAAUAGCAUGGGCGGUGCACAAGGAUCGCCAGCUAAUUUGAUGCAGACCAACCAAAGUCUGCUGAGUGGCAUGCAGCUCUUCAGUGGCACAGCAGCUCAACAGUCGGCACCACAACAGCAGCAACUUGGACUUGGCAUGAAUGUGAUGCAACCGAUGUCAAGUGGCUUGCCUUCAACUGGAGGAUAUGCAUCCUCAACUGGCACAAAUGCUUCGUCGUUGACAUCCAAUUUAAAUCAGCAAUUCGGAAAUUUAAAUAUCGGCAAUGUUUGGCAAUAAAUGAAGACUAUUCUGUGCAUUCCCUUAUAUAGUACAUAUAUAUAUAAGGCCGGUCCACAUGCUGAGCGGAGCUGCGCUGAGAUAAGUUAUAUAUUUGUUUAUCGUAUAUAUAUAUGUAUUUAUAUAUAUAUAUAACUUUUUGUACCUACUUGCCGCCAAUCCAGUGCUUGUGUUGAGAGGACAUCGUAUUAAUAGGUGAAUUGUGUAUUUUCCUCCUGUUUAUUUGUUUGUAAGAAACAUUGUAAAAAAAACUUUGGCAUACGUAUCUGAGCAUACAGACUUACAUACAUACAUAACAUACGUAGUAAGUAAACUCUUAUGAUUACGAUUCGGUGUGGUGUACGCGUUAGAUCCAAAAUCAUUCAUCAUUUAUAUUGAUUUGCAAGCAUAUACACUAAGUAUUUAACAAGUAGCAUUAUAAUAAAAAUCAUCAAUUCAACAAGUGCUUCUAGUGUGUAUGCGUGUGAUCAUCUAUCCAUACAUUCAUACGUACGCCCACCCAUAUUAUAAUCUCUGUGGAGAGUAAGUAUGAUUUUUACGGCAAGAGUACUUGUAAGUUACAAAUUUAUGUUCCAUUUUUGUUCCUUAUCUGAGAACUCAUUGUCAUCAUAUGUAUGUUCAAUAUUUAAUCCACGCAGCAUGAAAUACGUAUGUACUUUAAAUUUUAAGUGAAUUCAAUUUUAAUAAAAAUAAUAACUGAUAUCCCUUGAAUUAUGUAAUAAUAAAUACAUAACUAU